CCUGUCCCUCCGCUUCCUACCGGAAGUGCUGAAGGGAAUAUUUGGCGGUUUCUCGGGAGCUCUGUUGGCGAAUUUGGGGGUGCGGGUUGUGGGUGUGCACGCGCGGAUUUAAUUCCAGCUUUACAGGGGCCUUUAGCGCGAACGGAGACGUGUUGCUAGUGUAAGUGCACACGCGUCCCGGAUGCCUGCGUCGGAGGACCAGUGCGGUCGCUUUAACGUUUCCCGCCUGGCUCGUUGGCAAAGGCGUUUUCCGAAAGGCAGAACCAGUUCUAGUCAGAUCCCCGCGUGUGCCGUGAGGCCUUUCUCUGAGUCUCCAUGGCCUGUGCUUAGAAUGAAGGAUAGACAAGGUCCUUAGGUCUCCCUCGGUUCUUUAUUUUGUUUUUUUCUCUGAGACAGUCUCAUUGUGAUGCCCUAGUUGACCGGGAUUUGCUUUAGGGACCAGUCUAACCCGAAGCUGCAGCCGUCUUCCUAUCUCUGUCCUGGAGCGUUGAGAUAACCGAUGUUCCCCCAACACGGCCGGCUUUUAUUUCUUUACUUUUGGAAAGGAGGCCUCUCGGUGUAGCCCAAGGUGUAUCCAGUGCUUACCCGGUUGGAAGAUCUGUUUGCAGUUCUGUUGUCUUGAACCUAAUUAGAGGCAUCAUGGAGGCACCUCCGGUCACCAUGAUGCCAGUCACUGGGGGCACCAUUAACAUGAUGGAGUACCUUCUGCAGGGAAGUGUUUUAGACCACAGCCUGGAAAGUCUCAUCCAUCGCCUCCGUGGUCUGUGUGACAACAUGGAGCCUGAGACCUUCCUCGAUCACGAGAUGGUCUUCCUGCUUAAGGGCCAGCAGGCCAGCCCGUUUGUCCUAAGGGCCCGGCGCUCCAUGGACAGGGCAGGGACACCCUGGCAUCUGAGAUACCUGGGACAGCCGGAAAUGGGAGACAAGAACCGCCAUGCCCUGGUGCGCAACUGCGUGGACAUCGCCACGUCUGAGAACCUCACGGACUUCCUGAUGGAGAUGGGCUUCCGCAUGGACCAUGAGUUUGUCGCCAAAGGACACUUGUUCCGGAAGGGCAUCAUGAAGAUUGUGGUGUACAAGAUUUUCCGAAUCCUGGUCCCAGGGAACACGGACAGCACCGAGGCUCUGUCGCUCUCCUAUCUUGUGGAAUUAAGUGUUGUCGCCCCGGCCGGGCAGGACAUGGUCUCUGAUGACAUGAGGAACUUUGCAGAGCAGCUCAAACCUCUGGUUCACCUGGAAAAAAUAGACCCCAAAAGGCUGAUGUGAUGAAGAAAGUCUGUCCACCUUUGAGGCCUGUCCUCACCUGGGAGGUGAGAGAGCUCACAAGUGCCCCAGGUUCUGCCGCCAGCUAGGCCCUACCUUUUGCGGAAGGUGAUGGGGGGGAACUGGUUCCUUUAAACUCUUUCCUUCACAUGCUCAUUUCUCUUCUUUUCUUUCCUUUCCUUUCUUUUUCUCUUUCUCUUUUCUUUUUUUCUUUGCAACAGGGUUUUACCAUAUAGCCCUGGCUCCCCUGGAAAUCACUACAUGAACUAGCUAGCCUGGAACUCAGAGGUCCCUGUACUCCAGCCUGAGUGCCUGAGUUAAGGUCCCUUAUUAAACCUGACUGUUCAUCUUCUUGACAAUCUUUUCCAAUGAGAGACCCACGGUAAUAUGGAGAUUUGUUCAAGUCCUCCCUCCACUCAAAAAGAGGGAACUGGAAUAAAUUAGCUUUUCAGAGGAAAAGGUCAAAAAACAACUCUGAUAAUUGUUUUUCUUUUUUUUUCUUUUUUUCAUUUUUAGAAAAGCAUUUUUUAUUCCUUUAUUUAUUUGUUGUUUUUGUCAUAUGUCUAGUUGUGUUGUUCUGCCAUUAAUAUACAAGGUUUAUAAUGGUGGUGUGAGCUGGCAUUGUGUGGUAAUAAAGACUGAAGAGACUCA